GGCUGAGGCAGUUUUCUGUUCUCGUCUACUUUCUACCGUGCCGCGCGGGCCAACAGCCAACUUGUCCCGAAUUCCGAUCUCCCACGCGUCGUCCUUACCGCCGUCGACGAGGUUGGUGGACCGGAGGCCAUCGGCGGGCGCGCCAAACCUGCUUAACCCAACCACAAAGGCUAGGGUUGCGCUCCAGGCGCCGUCGGGGCUUGCGAUGGACGACAAUGCCGUGGGGGAGAAGCGCGUAUUGGAGACGGACGAUCAGCGAAGCCCGGGGGAGCCGCCGAGGAGGAAUUGGGGGGCGCGCAGGUCGGUGCCGAACAGGCGCCCGAUGCGGCCGCCGCGAAGGUGGGUGGUAGCGUCGAGAUCUUGGAUGACAGAGAAGGGGACGCGGCCGAGGGGGUUGUGCAGGCGCAGGAGGGUGGCGGCGAUGAGGUUGUGGAGGUCAGACAAAGGGACGCCGGUGGCGAUGAGGUGGUAUCUGAUGUGGCCUGGAAUGAGGCGACCAUGGAUCCAUCAGCAGGCUAUGAUCAACAGGAUGCUCGGAAUGGAGCAGCGCAGGGGAACGGGACGCCACCCUCAGCAGAAUCCCAUGAGGAUGCUGAUCUGUUUGUGGAGGUAGAGCAGCAGGAGCUGGCUGGUUCAGAUCAGAGCGAGGAGUUUUUUGACAAUGCCGAGGCUUCGGUGACUGAAGAAUCUGUUGCUGCUGAAUGCGAGGCAAUUGAGGAUGAUAGGCCUGCCGAGAUUGUUGUCGAGGAUGAUGCACACGAUGAGCAUCGGCAGCGCUUAGAGGAGCAAGCCAUGUUGAAAGCUAUCAGGCAGUGUGUGACAGAUGCUGCUCCUAGUACAGGACGCCAUGAGUUGUUACACCUUUCUCUUUAUAGCUUCUUCUCGGAGGUAGUGCCCUCUUGAGAAUGCAUAUACCGUUUUUACCUUUUUUGAAGACAUAUUAGCUCUACUGUGGUUUGGUGCAGUUUGAGUUAGCAAAUUUAUUUUCUAUAUCACUUGGAGUUCAGCUUUCUUAUUUUGGCUCAUGUGUAUUGUCUAUUGUGUGCAGAGAUAUGCAGGGAAAAUAUAUAUACGAUCAACAUGUAAGCCCGGAUUGAGGUUGAGAUUUGAUGAGUCACAAUGAGAUUUAUGUUCAAAUUUA